AUGGCUAGACCAAUUCACUGCUUUCGGCAUGCGGGUUUCGUGACCCGCAUUGAAGAAGCUUCCGAGGAAGCAACCGAAGAUUUGACGUUGGAUGGCACAGAGGAAGAUUGCCAGCUUGAAGAAACCUGCAGCCAGUUCGAGCGUUUUGUCGGUGCUGAGCCACACAGCAUGUGCAUUGAGGCCUUCGUUGGCGGUGACGACAGCACCGGAACAGUGGCGGAGUUAACAGACGUAGAGAUCGCUGCAGAAGUGACUGCUGAGCGGCCAAACGAAGACGCUGCCGAGGCUGAUCCAGCGAGCGCUGAUGUUGCCCUACUCCCGACUGCAACUGAGGCUGUAGCUUCUUUGCCCGUUGUACGCCGCUACUGCGGCGCAAUAGAAGGCACUGGACUGUCUCUUGUGGACCGUUUGGACUAUGUUGAGGACGCCGUGGUCAAACACACGGUUACCAAUAUGAAGCAGGCUACGCUGCUUCAGUACUUUCAGCGAACUAAAUAA